AUGUUGGCUUGCGAAAGACAGCACGCGAUGCGAUACCGCCUUGCAAUACUGGUCUUCUUCUUUGUUCUGAGCUUUUUUCUGGCGGUGUCUAUGUCCGUUGGUUUCCUUUUCGAGCUGCUUGACGGCUCCAAAGGAAGAAUACUCCAAUAUUGGAUAUACAGCGUAUUCUGGUUCGGCUAUCUUGGAAAGGUCAACACAAAAGAACCAAUGGCAGAAACGGACGUGGUCUCCUGGUACGGACUGAAAGGAGGGGAGCACUGUCUGCGGUACUCUACUAGGGAAUAUACUGCAAAACUUACGGUUGGACCCUCUAUGGACACCAUUGGGCAGGAAGGCAUGAUACAACUGUGCAAAGAAACCCCGACCGUGAUUCACAAUCGGAAGCUGUUCACAGAUUUUUGUCAAGACCUUGGUUUUGGGCGCGGAGUGUGGGGGUACUGGAUUGUGGACUUCCAGGAAGACGACUGUGAAACGAAAUGGGGCGAGUUUAUUGACCUUGGAUGUGGAUACUUGAACGGAGGCCAACAGGAUCAUUUCAGACGUGUUGAAUCGCAUUUAGAGAAUCUUCAAGCUGGCUCGAGUUGGCAAAUUAUGUGUGCUACCACACCGGCUGAUAUUGAUGGACAUCACUUUGGUGGUCCAGAUCGUUGCCAUAGUUUGCCACAGCAGGGCAUAUAUGGAAUAUGGGAUCUUUUAGAUGGAUCUUGUGAAAGAAAAACCACAGGUCCUUAA